GUUAGUCUUAUCUGUCCUCGUCAACAAAAGAUUUGUGAUUGAAGCCUAUGAAUAUUCGUAAACCUGGGGGAGGAUCUUACUGAGAGAAAGCACAGAGGACAUGUCUCAAAUUUAGUCAUCUAAUUUAAUGAAAGUUGUUGUUCUUGUGCCUGGAAUUGGUGUUUGAACUUUGAAGAUUAAUGUCAAUGUUGGCUGCAUUUUUCAUCAGUCAAGUUGCCAAGGAUGCAGCUGGAAUCGCAGGGAACAUAUUUGCUUUUGGGCUAUUUUUAUCUCCCAUACCCACAUUUAGGAGAAUUGCCAGGAAUGGAUCAACAGAAAUGUUCUCAGGGUUGCCAUAUAUCUAUUCCCUCAUGAACUGCUUUAUCUGCUUGUGGUAUGGCACACCUCUGGUAUCACGUGAUAAUUUGUUGGUUACUACUGUAAAUUCAAUUGGAGCAGUCUUUCAGAGUGUGUAUAUAAUCCUCUUCUUGAUGUAUGCUGAGAAAGAAAAGAAGGUGAGACUGCUUGGAUUGUUGCUGGCAGUUCUUGGCAUAUUUGCAAUCAUAUUAAUUGGAAGUUUGCAAAUACCUGACAUUGAAAUGCGCCGGGACUUUGUGGGAUUCUUGAGUUGUGCAUCUCUUAUUUCUAUGUUUGCUUCUCCAUUGUUUAUAAUUAAAUUGGUCAUUCAGACAAAGAGCAUUGAAUUCAUGCCAUUUUACCUUUCACUUUCUACCUUCCUAAUGAGCACCUCUUUCUUACUUUAUGGAUUAUUCAACGAUGAUGCCUUCAUAUAUGUGCCAAAUGGGAUAGGAACAAUUUUGGGAGUGGUGCAAUUGAUACUAUAUUUCUAUUAUGAAAGUAAAUCUAGAAAAGAGUCUGGAGAACCAUUGAUGGUGUCAUAUGCUUGAUCAGUUCUACUGAAAAAAAUGGUUAAAGCAAAUUUUGGGUCUUUCAGAGUCCAUGAAGGCUAUAUUCUCUAAAAUUGGCCAUGGGCAUUCUUUUGUUAGAAUCCCCUUUAAUUGUAUGAUAUAUAUUUCUCUAGAAUUGGCUAAACCAAUCUAUGUUUCUUAUGAAUGGAAUGUUUAUAUUCCAAAUAAGGCUAAUGAAUGGAGCAUAUAUUUUGCGGGGGUUAGGUGAA